UUGUAUCAGUAAUAUGUUCUCCAAAAUUUUGUCAGUACUAGCUCUUACAGCUGUAGCCCAAGCAGGUGUUUUGGACUACAGCCAUGGUCAUGGAGAUGCCACCUCAUACUCAUCUACAAAUCUAGGUGUAUCUGGACAUGGAAACGGAUAUCCUGCUCCAGUCUUAAGUCACGCAUAUGCUGCCCCAGUAUUAAGCCAUGCAUAUGCUGCGCCUGUUGCACAUGGAUAUUCUACUCCCCUUCUUGCUCCUGGACACUCAGCUCAUCAAGAUGAACACUAUAAUGUUCAUCCCAAAUACGAAUUCAACUAUGGAGUACAAGAUGGCCACACUGGAGACCACAAAACUCAACAUGAAGUCCGUGAUGGUGAUGUAGUAAAAGGGUCCUAUACCGUAGCCGAACCAGACGGUACUCUUCGUACUGUCCACUAUACCGCUGACGACCAUAACGGUUUUAACGCUGUCGUUGAAAAAUCAGGACACCCAGUUCACCAAGUUCCAGCUCAUGGACACGGAAAAGUACUCUUGGCUCCUGUUGCCCAUAAUGCUCCCUUAUACCAUCAUUAAGGAACCUUUGAAUAGUUGUUGAUUCUUGUUAAUAAAAUAUAUUUAUUUUAAU